UACUUUUUUGUUAAAUAUGAAUGAAUCCAAGGAACAUAUGGAAGAAAUGGAGUCCACUUUUGUCAUAGUGGGAGGUGGCAUUGCUGGGGUAUCUUGUGCCGAAGGAUUGAGUUUUCUCGCUCCUGAGGAAAGUAUAAUUUUAAUUACCGCUAGUCCCCUGAUAAAAGCUGUGACAAAUGUAGUUCCACUAGGCAAAACAUUAAUGCAUUUUGAUAUAGAAGAGAAAAGUGCAAUCUCUUUUGGUGAAAAACACGAGAUGUUACAAGUUCUUCAUGAUACUGUAGUUAAGAUUGACACAGCUAGGAAAAAAAUAGAACUCAGCAGUGGAAAGAUCAUAAAUUUCAAAAUGUUAUGCCUUUGUACUGGCGCAAAACCCAAAUUGAUAGCAGAAAAUAAUGAUCUUGUUAUAGGUAUUCGUGAUACAGAAUCCGUAUUACAAUUUUCUGAGAGACUUAAAAACACCAAAAAAGUCAUAAUUGUUGGUAAUGGGGGAAUUGCUACCGAAAUUGUACACGAGGUUAAAGGUGUUGAAAUAGUUUGGGUAAUUAAAGAUAAACACAUUUCUGCAACCUUUGUUGAUCCUGGAGCUGCUGAAUUCUUUUUAAACAAGAUUUCUUCCAAGUCCGAUGAGUCACAAGAGCUUAGUAAAGAUGUGCCAACCAAAAGAAUGAGAUAUGUAAUAUCAGAUAGCGCACCAGUUAAAAACGGAGCUGCUCUUGGUCCAGAUUGGCACAACAGCUUUAAUAUGAAUGGUGCACUCUUUACACGUACAAAUGUGCAUGUUGAGUACGAAUGUGAAAUAGCGAAAUUAUUCACUACCGAGGAACAAAAGCAGUUGGAUUCUACAGAAGAAUGGCCAAUCUACGCGCAAUUAACGAACGGUAAAAUCAUCGGGUGUGAUCUUAUCAUUUCAGCAACAGGUGUUAUCCCAAAUUCUAACAUAUGUGGAUUGGAACAUCUGAAAAGAGGGGAGGAUGCUGGGUUGUCAGUAGAUUGGGAGCUGAAAACUUCAGAGAAGGAUAUCUAUGCUGCUGGAGACGUGUGUACCGCAAACUGGUCAAAAGCGAAACACUGGUUUCAGAUGAGACUCUGGACGCAGGCUCAUCAGAUGGGUCGCUACGUUGCUAAAUCAAUGGUCUCGAAUUUAAAAAGUGAAGAAUUCUUGCAAGACUUUUGCUUUGAACUUUUUACUCACGUAACUAAAUUUUUUAACUACAAAGUUGUGCUACUUGGCUUGUACAACGGACAGACUUUGGGAAAGAAUUAUGAGAUACUUUUGCGAAUCACUAAAGAUCAAGAGUAUGUUAAGAUUAUUCUGGAAGAUGGCAAAAUGCAAGGUGCCGUGCUCAUCGGGGAAACUGACUUGGAAGAAAUGUGCGAAAAUUUAAUACUUAAUCAGUUGGACUUAAGUAUGUAUGGAGAAGAUUUGUUAAAUCCUAAUAUUGAUAUUGAGGAUUACUUUGAUUGAUAUAUUAAAUUUCUAAUAAAUGCAAUUUGUCUGACAA